CGACAUUUCCACGAGACACGAAGGCAUCCUUCGCCUUGGUCUGUCCAUCCACGGCUUCAACGUUGUGGGCGCGUGCGCGCGACAGCGCGUUUGCUUAAUGAAGCGUUUCGCUCUCUCUCUCUCUCUCUCUUUCUGUCUUUCUUCCUACGAGUGAACGAGCAUCACUUGUGAAGGAAAAAAAAAAAAAAAAAGAACACGUUCGAGAGCGAGAACUUUCUUAUCCAGCGGCUCGACUCGAAGUCUCUGUCGCAGGUCCACGAUUGUUCCGUUUCCAUCUUCACUUUCUCUUUUCUUUUUUUUUUUUUUUUUGAUACCCGGCGCGAGGAUCCACUCGGGGCGUAGCUGGGGAGGCUUUUGCUAGCUCAUCGCUGCUCUCACCGCCCCUCCACCUUAUCCCCCCUUCCACAUCGCGGAUGGCCAUUGUUCUGGAAUUGCUGGAACAAGACCCUGUGUCCUGAUCUUUGGGAAUUCAGUUAGAUCUAAGUGAACUGGACAGACCACUUCUCGAGAAGGGGAGAUGAAACCAGAUGGGGUUAUCACAGGAGCACUGGAGCCAAUGGAAACUUUAGAAUCCAAUCCAGUAAAUGAGUUAUCACCAGGUACAGGGCAGGACCCCAGCCAGGCACCCAGUGCAAUGGAAGAGGAAGUAGCACAGCUGACUGAAGAUGUGGUGCCACCCCAGCAAGAAAAGGGAAAGGUAUCGUCGGCUGCCAAGACUAAUAACAAAAUAUCGGGAGACUCCAAAGCCAAGACUGUGAGCAAGACAAUGCAGAAAACAAAACCCACCACUACCAACAUGGCAAAGACCACUCCAGGCUCACGAUCCAACAUGACCCAGAGCCGCCUUUCAAAUGGCUUGUCCAAACCCCAGAGCAAUGGUGUGAUUAAGAAAACCACACCUGCCCUGGAUAGAAAGAGCACUCCAACUUCAACAGCCCCCAAGAAACUAACAGUUGGGGUCCCAGCCUCUAGGACCACGGCUGCUAAAGUUAGUGAAAGAAAAACUGCAUCCCCUGCUACUAAUGGUGCAAAGCCUGCAAUGGGAACCACGGCACUUAAGAAGGCAACAACGACAACAGUUAAUGGUAUUAAAACCAGCACGGCGACUGCUGUUAAAAAGCCCCCAGCUUCUAAACCUGCCUCUACAACAUCCACAAAGCCCACCACUGCAUUGAAGACAGAUAAGCCCCCUGUUUCCAAGACCAGACCCACAAGUGGCACAACAGCAUCCCGUCCUACCACAGGCUCAACUCGACCACACUCCACUUUCACAACCAAGAGCCCUGCAGCCACAUCAAAACCUGCCACCCCUAAAACCUCCACUACCAACAAUGUUGCAUCCAAAUCAGCCCCAUCAACUCCCUCUGGUGUCAAAACCCCAGCAUCACAAACAUCUAGAACCAUAACCCCUGCAAAAAAAGAUUUGACCAAGGCUGCCACCCCAGCAGCCAAAAAGCCUGCAGACUCUCCACUUAGCCGACCCUCAACAACUACAAAAUCAGUAAAAUCUGAGACACCUAAACCAGCUUCAAAAUCAGACAGUAUAGCCAAAAAAACAUCUGUAAGUAAAGUUGCAGAGACAAAGACACCAACCCGUUCCAAAACACAAGAGAACAGGUCUACACCUUCCAAGGAUGCCUCUAAGACUCCUCCCUCAAAAACAUUGGCAGCCAAGAAUAGUAGCACCAAGAAAACGGUGGGUAGCAGCACCCCAACACCUGUGAAACGUGGACCCAAAGCAGAAGGAGCGAGUGAAACUGGAAAGGAAGUUGCUGCUGUAGCUGCUGCUGCAGCAAUUGCUAGUGCGGCAGCUACCAUUGUAGGGUCAGAAGAGCCACAACAACCUGCAGAAGUGGCCAUGGUGGAAUCUCUUGGGGAUACGGCAGGACAAAUUCCUCCUCAGGCACUAUCAGACUUUGGAGUACAAGGAAUAAUUCCAGAGCCUACUUCAGAACCAUCAACAGAACAAGUUAAUGAACUAACACCAAAAAUUCAACAAGAAACAUCACAAGAACCAAGCAAAGAACCUAUACAAGAACCUACACCAGAACCCAUGAGAGAACCAACACCACAGCCUACAUCGCUACCAAAAUCAGAAUACAUAAGCGAACCUACACCAGAAUUUAUACGAGAAACUACACCUGAGCCUGUCAGAGACACAAUACCAGAGUCCAUACCACAGCCAACUCCAGAAUACAUUAGAGAACCUACACCAGAAUUUAUACGAGACUCAACGCCAGAGUCCAUCCCACAACCAACACCAGAAUACAUUAGAGAACCUACACCAGAAUUUAUACGAGACCUUACACCAGAGCCUGUCAGAGAACCAUCACCUGAGCCCAUACCACAACAAAUAUCAGAAUACAUUACAGAACCUACUCCCGGAUUUAUACGAGAACAUACACCGGAGCCUGUCAGACAACUAACACCAGAAAACACUAGAGAACCUACACCAGAAUUUAUACGAGACUGUACACCAGAACCUGUCAGAGAACCAACACCAGAGCCCAUACCACAACCAGCACCUGAAUACAUUAGAGAACCUACCCCAGAAUUUCUCAGAGAUUCUACAUCAGAAGGUCUGCGAGAUUCUACACCAGAACCUGUCAGAGAACCAACACCAGAGCCCAUACCACAACCAGCACCUGAAUACAUUAGAGAACCUACACCAGAAGGUCUGCGAGAUUCUACACCAGAGCCUAUACCGCAACUAACAUCAGAAUCCAUUCAAGAACCUACACUAGAUCCUGUCAAAGAACCAAUACUAGAAACCCAAAAAGAACAACCAUUCGAACCUCUCCAAGAAUCAUCACCAGAACCUGCAAUAGAACUUAAAUUAGAUGCAGUUCAAGAACACAGAACACCAGAAUACGUACACGAGAUCUCACCACAAUGUCGAGAGCUCACACCAGAACCUAUACAAGAUUUAAGUCCCCAGCCUCUGCAAGAUCUCACAGCAGAAUAUUUGCGAGAACCAACACUAGAAGCCCUACAAGAUCUCACACCAGAACCCAUACAACAACAAAACCAUGAAACCCUACUUGAAUCACACGCUAAGCCCCUGCAAGAAUUUACACCAGAGCCAGUAAAUGAGAGAAGUCUGGAUCAUGCAUUCAAAAUGUCACCGGAGGAUCUUGAUGAAACAUUUUCUCAGUUUACAGAGGAGCCACACUUAGAACCUCAAUCAAGUCAUGACCAAGCCUACAAUUUUCAACACCCAUCACAAAAUGCCCUUUACAAAUUUGAACAGUCUGCAAGUGAAUCAGUUCCCUCCCUUGGAACUACCAUCAUGUCUCCUCCCUGUUCACCACUAGGACCUGUUUCUCCUGUCAGAGAAUCUCAGCAUCCUUCUGUUCAUCUGAACAUGGAUAUCCAACCAGAUCCCUGGAACAGAAGUCAGACAGAGCUAUGUGAUAUUGAUCCACAGGCUUCUCACAGUAUGAUGAACUUCCUGACAGAGGAGUGUAAUGAACAGGAUGAGGAAUGGGAGACAAGGAGAAAUGAACUUGAAAAAGAGGAAAAUGAAAAAGAGAAUCUGAUGGCAUCCACUCCUCCCACAGAAACCUUCUGUACGAUGGCAGAGUCCCAACAGUUGGGUGCCUCUCACAUUGAGGAUUUUACUUCCAGGCACAUGUUGUCACCUCAUGAAAAGGAAGUUGCAGUGGAAAAGGCAGAUGAAGAAAUAAAUGAUGAUGAUGAUGAUGAUGAUGAUGAUGAUGAUGAUGAUGAAGAUGAGGAACAGAGGAGAUUGGGGCAUCAGCUCUCCUCUAUGAUCACUGAUAUGAGCACAUCUCAGCCAUCUGAUGAGUUUCAAAUCAGACCUUCAGCUUUAGGUGGUUCUACCGGCUGGCCCUGUGAUGACCUCUUGUCAGGAAUGGACUCUGAAGACGUUAGCAGCUGCACAAGUAGCCGGCAGCAGGGCAUUUCUGACCUUAGCAGCACUCAGCACACCGCAAUACUGGAAGGUACUCAGAGCUCAGAUGCCCUUAUUGACUCAAGUCUCCGUGGCUCUGAAGGUGAUGGUAACUUCAUGGGCUCUCCCAAUGUGGAAACCCUGGCCAAUGAGGAAGAUGAUGAAGAAGAUGAACGUGUGGAUGAAAUGGAUUUAAGUUCAGAGAGAGCAGAGGAGCAUCAUAAGGUGUUCCAUCAGCAGGAACGAGAUGAGGACGAAGAGGAUGAAGAUGUAGAAAUGCACAGUGAGGGAGUGACAGAAAGCUGUGAUAAUGUAGAAGAAGAUGACCUUAAUGAGGAGGAACAUUUAGACAACCUCAAUCGUGCAGAUUCAUCACCUUGUGUCCCUGCCACCACUUCCUGGGGUCAGACCAACCCCUUUUCUGAUACUUGGGCUCAGCCCCAUGCCGCUUCGCUGCUCUCUGUCUCCUCCCCGAGCCCUGAGUCGGAUCAUGGUGCAGGGGAGUCUGAAAGUCCCACACAGUCCCCUGCCCAGACUGGUUUGGAUUGCAGUUCCCCAUUCUUGGCUCCUGUGUCAGGGCAAGAAUCCGAGCAGGAGCAGUCAUUCUAUAAGAUGGAGACAUCCAUCCCUGAAGAUACUCAGAAUAUGCCUGCAGCUGUAAGCAUGUCCCAGUCCGGCACCUUGAGUGGUACAGCACUGGCUAUCCACAGCGGCAGCGAGACAAGUACGCCAGAAGAACUUUGUGACUAUGACAGCAGCUCAGGAGUUGAAUCCCGGUCUGAAAAACAGCACACUCCAGUUCCUUUAUCAGUCCAGCCUGACAUGGAGCAGGAUCUGGGUAUUCAUUUGGAGAAAGGCGAUGGGGAAGAGGAAGAGGCUACAACACUGCCAGCUGAUGAGGUCCUGGGAACGGGACCCCCAACUGCUCCAGCAUCAGCCCCGUCUUCUCCUACCACCUCUGUAGAUGAAGCCAGUGACACAGAGGGUGAGAUGCAGAUAAAUGACCCUGAUGUAACAGUGAUGAUGGAUGAAAGAGCUACAUUUGACAGUCCUACUCUGACAUGCAAUUUGCCAGCUCUUGAUGAGGAUGAGGAGGCAAGAGAUACACCAGCUGGAGAGGGUGAAGAGGAUGGAGGUGGGACCACUCCUCAGUCAGCAAAUUCUGUGGCAUCCUACGGUUUUGACUGCACCACAUCCAACUCCAAUGCCCACUCCAUGGCCGAGAGCUGUGGAAAAAGCCCGGGCAUCUUCUCCUUGGAAAAUGAGGAGCAGCUGUCCGAGGAGGCCAAAGACCCAUCGCUCAUCAAAGAGCUUACCCUGCCAUCUGAUGCUGCUGCUGCUGCUGUUGCCCAGACCGAGGACCGGCUGGGCCGACCUGUGGACCUGAUGCCGUUGAGUUUUCCAGAAGACAAACAGCCCAGUCUAGAUGACCAUCACUACAUGCUGGGUGGUGAGAUUACGGCACACCACCUAGAGGUGGAUCCAUUCGAGCCUAGCCACCACCUUGGGUCUGUGGAAUCCGGAAAUACCGAUGAGAGCCAGCCGUCCUACUACUCUACCAUGUGUGAUAAGACUGAUUAUCUGGAAGGUAAUGUAUAAGUCCCUCACAAAUACCCCUGGAAUGCACCUUUUCCCUGCAACCCUCCACCUUUACCUAGUGUUUGUCUUCUCUCCAGUUGGGUUAGAUUGCUUAGAAGAACAAAAACGGAGAGCAAGAUUUUAGGAAAUUACUUUAAAACAAACACAAAGGGGAUGAGAAUGUUUUUUUUGUUUUUUGUUUUUCUUUUAAAUGAAGGCUCCUUCAUACUGUUGUGGCCAUGGUUUUGAGUCUACGGCUUAAACUUAUCCAGUGUAUAAUAACGGAGACCAUUUUCUAGUUGAAUGUUCUUUUGAAGUCACAGUGCGUAUUCGGUGAAGGGUAUUGACUGAUUGGUCCAAUGUGACUGAACUUUUAAACGUAAAAAAAAGAACAACAAAAAAACAGUUGGAACAAAGUGGACUGUAUUUAUCCUACUGUUUUUACCAAUCAAAUGUCAUUUUUUUUUGUAUUGGGUUGUUUUUUUGUUCCUUUCUGUUCAUCCCAAUCCUCCCUAUUUUGUGUACCAACACACAAUGUUCAGCAGCCCCGUAGUGAUAGUACAAUGCUCUUUUAAAACUUUUUGUUGCGGUUUUACUCUGUCUAUAUAAAGGCUAGCUCUUAGCAAUUCUACUUUGCCCUUAAAGAUGUGUCAAGGUAAGUAUGGGAGUUAUUAGAUUGCAGUUGGUUAAGGUGACGUUUUUAAUGUGUCAGGUUGUUGUUUGCAUAGAUUGCUAAGGUGUAUAACAUGCAGCUGCAUACAGUACAGUAUUUCUGGCUUUCGGUUUUAUGUGUUUAAACUACAAACUGCCGUUGGCAGAUCCGUUGUGUCGCUUGAGAGACUAACUAGUCUAUUAUUUGUGAUUAGACCAUGAAUUGCUCUUCAUCUCUAUCGCAGCUUUACACCCAUAGUGGACGUUUGGUUAACUCUUUCAAUACAAUAUAUUGCAUGUUUAACUAGCAAAAAGACUGUGUACUACCUGAUAACAUUUAAGUAAUUCUGCUCUAGAAAUAUUCAUAAAUUAAUGGUUCACGCUAGGUUGUCUUUCAAAAUUCCAUUAAAACAUCAUUGCAA